CGAGUAGCUACGUCUCUAUGCACACAGACUGGGCCUGUCGCCACUGUCGUCAAAUCACCUCUUUAGCAGGACGUGUUUGUUGUGAGGAAUUAGUAUGUCAGCGCAAUAAAAAUGAAUUUCGGGAGCUUUGUAGGAGUUCUGCUGUAUCUUAUAACAGCAUGCACAACACAGACAAGUCACUGUCCGACGCCCGCAGCAGGAAGCUCCCUGGUGAAGGUGUUCAACAAACGGUGUCUUGAGUUCGUCCUGGGCAAGACAGCAACGUGGACAUCUGCAGAGCGAGACUGUAUACAAAGAGGAGGCCACCUGGUGGAAGUGGCGAGUGACUCCAUGCAGCAGUACCUGGAGUCGGUGUUGCAGACAAGAUACGUGGGGACAGGAGUGUGGAUCGGCCUGACCGCACCCACCAACACGUGGAUCUGGACAAGUGGCUCUGUCGACCUGUACAGGAACUGGGCCUCGGGUUCUCCAUCCAGCAAUACAUUUGACGGUCGUAAACAUUGUGUGUACAUGGCGACGGGGACGUGGACGUGGCAUAACGCUGCAUGCUCCUCAUACGGCUUCCUCAUCCCAAGAUACGUCAGACUCAACUACAUAUGUGAAUUUCAGAGCCUGUCUUCGACAACGACCGAACUCACAACUCGACCCCAAUCCACCACGUUAGUUACCACCUGCCCCUACACCAUCACCAGUCCCGCACACGACACAUUCAGCUUCCGUUCCCAUACCUAUCAGAUCUCGACGCAAAUAGCGCAUGCCGUUGACGCUCAGAAAGCAUGUGGUACAAGGGGAGGUAACUUGGUGGCCAUACCCGACUGGACCACAUUGGUGUGUGUGCACGAAGGACUGGUCAAGAACCUUAAGUUUAAUGGAGCGGAAGUGUGGAUCGGUCUGUCCGACGCGGAGAGGGAGGGGCAAUGGAAAUGGGACAAUGGAGCAAUGUACUCGUACCAUCAUUGGGCGAACGGAGAGCCCGGGUCGCUGCUAGGGACGAACGAGGACUGUGUCCUCAUGGAGACAUACUCAGGCUUGUGGAAAGACACCAGUUGCAAUGGGGGACUCCUGUUUGCCACCGGCCGUUUUCACUACUUGUGUCAGUACGAUCACGUUACGUCGUCUACUAUAAGAACCACCAAGUCGACGACACCAUCGACUAAUGCGUCUACCAGUGCUUCAACUACUGCUAUCACUACAACUACAACCACUGCAACGACAACCCCAACGCCUACACCUUCAGUGACGCCAUGCCCUAUCCUUGAAGCAUGUACACUGGACUGUGGCCUGUCCGGCUUCAAGAAGGAUGCUUCCGGCUGUCACACCUGUGCCUGUGAUGACUGAAGUAUCUCACUGGUCAGGCCAUAUUGAUAAUAAAUCAUGUAAUUUUAAUGUUACAUAUAGAGUGGAACUCCCUCAGUCUGCAAACCCCGUUUUUCGCCUGUAUUCGUCCUUCUAUACACAUAACGUUUCUGUAUCACAAUUCGUUGAUACGGAAAUGUUCAAUCUAGACGAUUUCCCUGGGAAAAUAUAAACGUCUGGAUUAUCCAGGUUUCACUGUAUUGAACAUCCUUUUUAGUGAAAGGACGCUGCCGUUACAUAAAAAAAUCAGUGAAUCGGAACAUUUUUUGUUUAUCAAUUUGAAUAUUUACAUGCAAUUCGCCGUUUAAAUGUUUGAAUGGAUGCGUGAUAUAACGCACUGAACAACAUGCAGUAUCUAGCGUUUCGUCACCUUUGUACACUUCUUUUCUUAUAAGCGCAUUUUAUUUCUGACAAGAAAGGGAACAGAAUGGUCCUAAGGCGAGGGGACGGGCUUUUUAGACAUUUCACAAAGAUUAUAAUGUGUUCCAAAAAUUAAUGGGAAAAUGCACUUGAUGUAUAAAGUAAGUGUUGAUAAUUA